GCUACGGGACAAUAGGAAGGACAGAAAGGCAUUGUUCUGUGUCGGGCUGGACAGCAGCAGCAGGGUCCCGCGGAGGAUGGAGGAAAAACUCCCCACCGGCAUCAAGCCCUACCUGGACAAGCUCACUCUGGGCGUCACAAGGAUACUGGAGACUUCCCCAGGAGUUGCUGAAGUGACUUUUGUGGAAAAGGAGCCAGCUGAACGCCACACAAUCAUCUCUUGGGAGCAAAAAAACUCCUGUGUAUUACCUGAGGAUUUAAAGAACUUCUAUCUGAUGACCGAUGGCUUCCAGAUGACCUGGAGUGUGAAGAUGGAUGAUACCCCAAUGCCCCUGGGCUCCAUGGUAAUUAACAGUGUCUCGAAGCUGUGUCGGCUCGGGGGUUCCUCUAUGUACACUCUGCCUAGUGCUCCAACUCUCGCUGACCUGGAAGAUGACACAGAUGAGGAGGGCAAUGGAGACAAACCAGAGAAGCCACACUUUGAUUCUCGUAGUCUUAUCUUUGAAUUAGACCCGUGCAACGGGAAUGGGAAAGUCUGUCUUGUUUAUAAGCAUGCUGAACCAGUGGUCUCCCCAGACACAGAGAUCUGGUUCCUGGACAGAGCUCUGUAUUGGCAUUUCCUCACCAAAACCUUCACAGCCUACUACCGGCUGCUCAUCACCCACCUGGGUCUCCCACAGUGGCAGUAUGCCUUCACCAGCUAUGGGGUCAGCCCCCAGGCCAAGCAAUGGUUUAACAUGUAUAAACCCAUAACCAUCAACACAGCACUCCUGUCUGAAGAAGCUGAUUCCUUUGUGAACAAGCUGGACCCCAAUAAGGUCUUUAAAAGCAAGAACAAAACUCCAGUGCUCAAGAAGAAACCAUCUUCACUGCCACCAAGCUCCCAAAAGAGUCAUACAAGCAUGACUUCUGCCAAGACAUCCUCACUAGCUGGGAAUUCUUCAAGGAAGUGAGCCCACCAGAUCUGACUCUGGAUAACUUUUGCAAUAAGCUUUGAUGUUUUCUGCUGGAGAGUCUCAGUGGUUCAGACCAAGUUCUUGUGCAUGAAUAGAUGUACGUGCUCAUGGAAAACACAUUGCAGCACUUGCAUGAAAUAUAGCCAUGAUGUGGAUAUAGUUCCUGGAGGCUCUUAAAAAAAAAAAAAAAAAACCUUGAUACAUCAAUUUUACUCCCUUCUGCUACUUGCAGGAUGUACUUUUCAGAGGGCAUGAAGAAACCUUUGAUGUCACUGCUCCAAAGGGAAGCUUUUGUUCCUGUACAACUUCAACAGUGAAAUGAAAGCACAUGUAAUUCACUGUAACUCUAACAGACCCAUGUAGAGAAGUAGAGAGUAUGAAGAUGUUUCUGCCAUAUUCUUUGAAAGAAAACCGUCCUGACCUUGCAUGCUGUGGAAGCAGGCUGGAACCCACUGAACACAGAAGUAUCUUUCACUCCAGACAGAAUCCAACCCUGCAUUUCCCUGUGCUUAAUCCAACUUCUGGUCUGAGAUUCAUGGUACAAAAGGGCUUGGGACUUCCAUGUCUCUAUAUUAGCCUAUCCACUUGCUCUGCAGCCCAGACCACUUUUUGGCCUUCCUGCUGCGUCUUUUCAGAUGGUGACAUGAUUUGCAAUAAUCCUGAAGCUAGAAGUUGCAAGAUCCUUUGUUGCCUCCCUUUUGUGGGAACUGCUGAGCAGAGAGUCAGUGGUGUUGCAUUCCAUCAGCCAGAAGGACCCCUUCGUCUGUCACACAUUCAUUUGCAAAGCUGACCAUUGACACUUUCCAGUUGGGCGGGAUCUCACCAGGGGCGCUGAGAUCCUACAGCCUUAGAAGCCCCCGAUGCUGUUUUCUAUUCAGGUUGGAACUGCACUUUAACCCAUUCACUGCUGGUCUUCAGUUACUCCUGUUUGUUUCCAUUACUUUUCUAUGCUAUUCUGUCUUCCAAAUAUGCUGGAAUUAUGGUAGCACCCAACACAUUUUGUGCCUGAAUAUGGAAAUCGAAAUCACUGUCUUUAAGUAAGCAUUGACUAUUUAAACAGCAUCAUCUCUAAUUUUUGAAACCACCACAUAAUUACACGAGACAGACCUACCUCACAGGGUUGUUGUGAGGCUUUCAUGAGUAUUUUAUAGCCUUCAGAAAGAUGAAUCCAUCCUGUAAGUGCUUAAUAGUAUUUUAAUAAACAUUUGAAUAUUUUCCUCCAAAGUGAUUAGGUAUUUGAAGAUGCUUUGGGGAGUACAUGGACUUGGGAUGCAAAGGAUGUAAGAGCAGUGUUCAGGAUGGGUUGUUUGGGGUGUUUUUUCAAUGCAGUAGAGAAUCUCACUGAGAAUGGAUGGGUUACGGUGCUUUCAGCUAAUCCCCCUUGAGCUACUCCCAAAAUUCCCAGUUUAUUUCGCACAGGCCAAAAGACUGAACUGUGUGGCAGCUCUUCUACUUCUGUCCCACAGUCACUGUACAAAAUCUCUGCAGCCAUCAGCCCCUGCUCAGGCAUAUUUUGCCACUUCCAGCACUGCCAAGGGCCCACCUUCAAAUGCCAUUGCUGCAUUGCCUGGCAGCCACUCGCUGCCACCCCCAGAUGAGAAGAAAUCCUCUGAUGCUCUCAAGCCCAUAUGCAUCGUGAGACAGGCGAGGAUCUGUUGUAGCUGCUCUACUGCUAUAAAGUGAGCUCUAAUGAGAAAGCACAGGUGUCGCUUCCCACCCAAGCCUACUUCCCAUGCCAUAGUAAUACCUCAGUUAUCCUUUUAAUUUUGGGGUGGGAAUGGUCAUUAAAGCCAGUUAAGUGACCUUUUCUGGAAUUCUGUGCAGUAGUGAUGUUGUGUCAGUUCCUACUCUUGGAGAACUCUGUUGUUUAUUCAUGGCACCCAGCCCUGGGACUGCAGUUAUGUUCUUGUCAUACAUACCAUACUUGCUUAAGCACUUUCUAGAAAAGUUUGGAUUGUUGUCACUCUCCUGGGAACAGACAGCUUCUGAUAGUGUUCUGCUUUUAAUCCAGUGACACCUCAAACUUUUAAGGCUGUUGCAGGCCCACUUCAUUCAGAUGGAGGUAGCAGAAUUCCUGCAGCAGUGGGGAAACCUCUUACAUUUCUCAUGCAUUCAGAGUUGGAAAAAAGCAUGGUGGGAGAAGGGGCAGGGGGAGAAGUUUGUUCAAGUUUUUGGAGACACUGUCACAGAAGUUCUCUGACUUCUUUCCUGUGGUGGUAGUUGGUGCAGCUCAAGUAUAGAGUGUCAGUGAUGCCAGUGUGUUCCAGCAGAACUAUCACAGGAUUCAGGAGACCCUGUAGUUUAGUAAUUUUUUAAUGUUUCCUGAACGUUCAUAUCAAAAAGCAAAAAAAAAAAAAGCAUGAAAAAAACCCAAACAAGCCAACAGGUUCAUAUUCCUAUUUUAGACUGUCCUUGUUUUUCUCUCUUCUGUGCUGUUCCAAACUAGGUGUUCGUUAGGGUGACAGAUCAAUUUGCAUGUGAAGCAAACCUAGGCCCCUUGUCCAUCACUGUAGUAUCUGCUUCUUACCAAAGAAUAUUUCAGAUCAAAAUUUCUGUGGUAAUUAACUAAAUCAUGUUGUAUCUGCCCCUGUUGAUGCCUGUAUUUUGAUUUAUAUGAAUAUAUACAUAUCUGGA